AUGGAGCAGCACGACCUGCCAGGCGGAUCCCGGCUCACGGAGGCGAAUGAGGCGAUGGAGGUGCCUAUUGGCAAAACCUGCCAGCAGGCCGACCCCUGCGCCUCCAACCCCUGCGCCAACGGGGGCCAGUGCGUCCCCUUCGAAGCCCACUACAUCUGCCGGUGCACCGCCGGCCUCCACGGGGCCAACUGCAAGCAGGACGUGAACGAGUGGUUCACGGGCCAGAACUGCGAGGAGAACAUCAAUGACUGUCCGGGCAAUAACUGCAAGAAUGGGGGCACCUGCGUGGAUGGCGUCAACACCUACAACUGCCAGUGCCCACCCGAGUGGACAGGUCAGUACUGCACCGAGGACGUGGACGAGUGCCAGCUGAUGCCCAACGCCUGCCAGAACGGGGGCACCUGCCACAACAACCACGGCGGCUACAAACGUUUGCUGUGCCACCUCGAUGACGCCUGCAUCAGCAACCCCUGCAACGAGGGCUCCAACUGCGACACCAACCCCGUCAACGGCAAAGCCAUCUGCACGUGUCCUUCGGGGUACAUGGGACCGGCCUGCAACCAGGACGUGGACGAGUGCUCACUGGGAGCCAACCCUUGCGAGCACGCAGGGAAAUGCAUCAACACCCAGGGGUCCUUCCAGUGCCAGUGCCUGCAGGGCUACUCAGGCCCUCGCUGUGAGAUCGACGUCAACGAGUGCCUCUCCAACCCCUGUCAGAACGAUGCCACCUGCCUGGACCAGAUUGGGGAGUUCCAGUGCAUCUGCAUGCCCGGUUACGAGGGGGUUUACUGCGAGAUCAACACGGACGAGUGUGCCAGCAGCCCCUGCCUGCACAACGGCAACUGCCUCGACAAGAUCAACGAGUUCCAUUGCGAGUGCCCCACCGGCUUCAACGGGCACCUGUGCCAGUUCGACAUCGACGAGUGCGCCAGCACCCCCUGCAAGAACGGCGCCAAGUGCGUGGACGGCCCCAACACCUACAGCUGCGAGUGCACCGAAGUGCCCACCUGCCCAAGCACCCGCCGUGGGGGAGUCCUCAAGCCCCCCAGCAGCAGGUGCAUUGACAAGAGCAACAGCUAUGAGUGCACCUGCGAGCCGGGGUACACAGGCCGCAUGUGCAACAUCAACAUCGACGAGUGCUCCAGCAACCCCUGCCACAACGGGGGCACGUGCAAGGACGGCAUCAAUGGCUUCACCUGCCUCUGCCCCGAGGGCUUCCAUGACCCCAAGUGCCUGUCCGAAGUGAACGAGUGCAACAGCAACCCCUGCAUCCACGGGAAAUGCCACGAUGGGCUGAACGGCUACAGGUGUGACUGCGACCCAGGCUGGAGUGGGACAAACUGUGACAUUAACAAUAACGAGUGCGAAUCCAAUCCCUGUAUGAAUGGUGGCACCUGCAAGGACAUGACCAGCGGCUACAUCUGCACCUGCAGGGAGGGCUUCAGCGGAGCCACCUGCGAGGACGUGCUGGCCCCCUGUGCUGGCGGCCCCUGCAAGAACGGUGGCGAGUGCCGGGAGUCGGAAGACUAUGAGAGCUUCUCCUGCAGUUGCCCCUCUGGCUGGCAAGGUCAGACCUGCGAGAUCGACAUCAACGAGUGCGUGAAGAGCCCCUGCCGCAAUGGGGCCACGUGCCAGAACACCAACGGGAGCUACCGCUGUGCCUGCAGGACCGGCUUCACCGGCCGCAACUGUGACACCGACAUUGAUGACUGCAAGCCCAAUCCAUGCCACAAUGGUGGCUCCUGCUCCGAUGGUGUUGGCACAUUCUUCUGCGAGUGCCUGGCUGGUUUCCGUGGGCCCAAGUGCGAGGAGGACAUCAAUGAGUGCGCCAGCAACCCCUGCAAGAACGGCGCCAACUGCACCGACUGCGUCAACAGCCAACCGCACCCCUGCCCCUGCCCCUCCGGCUUCAGCGGCAUCCACUGUGAGAACAACACGCCUGACUGCACAGAGAGCUCCUGCUUCAACGGUGGGACCUGCGUGGAUGGCAUCAACACCUUCACCUGCGUCUGUCCACCCGGCUUCACGGGCAGCUACUGCGAGCAUGACAUUAACGAGUGCGACUCCAAGCCAUGCCUGAACGGGGGCACAUGUCAGGACAGCUACGGGACAUACAAGUGCACUUGUCCCCAGGGAUACACCGGGCUUAACUGCCAGAACCUGGUGCGUUGGUGCGACUCCUCUCCCUGCAAAAACGGAGGCAAGUGCUGGCAGACCAACAACCUGUACCGCUGCGAGUGCAACAGCGGAUGGACGGGACUCUACUGCGAUGUCCCCAGCGUCUCCUGCGAGGUGGCUGCUAAGCAGCAAGGUAUCGAUGUAGCACAUCUCUGCAGGAAUUCAGGGCUCUGUGUGGACACCGGCAACACUCACUUCUGCCGCUGCCAGGCCGGCUACACCGGCAGCUACUGCGAGGAGCAGGUGGACGAGUGCUCCCCCAACCCCUGCCAGAACGGAGCCACCUGCACGGACUACCUGGGAGGCUACUCCUGUGAGUGUGUGGCUGGUUAUCAUGGAGUUAACUGCUCAGAGGAGAUCAAUGAGUGCUUGUCCCACCCAUGCCAGAAUGGAGGAACCUGCAUCGAUCUCAUCAAUACCUACAAAUGCUCCUGCCCCAGAGGAACUCAAGGGGUGCACUGUGAGAUCAAUGUGGAUGACUGCAGCCCUUUCUUUGAUCCUGUCACCCUGGGGCCCAAGUGCUUUAACAAUGGCAAGUGCACGGAUCGGGUAGGUGGCUACAGCUGCAUCUGCCCCCCUGGCUUUGUAGGGGAGCGCUGCGAGGGAGACGUCAACGAGUGCCUGUCCAACCCCUGCGACGCCCGCGGCACCCAGAACUGCGUGCAGCGGGUCAAUGACUACAAAUGCGAGUGCCGACCUGGCUAUGCAGGCCGUCGCUGCGACACCGUGGUGGACGGCUGUAAAGGCAAACCCUGCAGGAACGGUGGAACGUGCGCGGUUGCCAGCAACACUGGCCGCGGCUUCAUCUGCAAAUGCCCCCCGGGAUUCGUGGGUGCCACCUGCGAGAACGACUCCCGCACCUGUGGGAACCUGCACUGCCUGAAUGGUGGCACCUGCAUCUCCAUCCACAAGAGCUCCAAGUGCAUGUGCGCGCCGGCCUUCACGGGUCCCGAGUGCCAGUACCCGGCCAGCAGCCCCUGCACAUCCAACCCCUGCUACAACGGGGGCACCUGCGAGUUCUUCAGCGAUGCCUCCCCCUACUACCGGUGCAACUGCCCCGCCAACUUCAACGGCCUCAACUGCCACAUCCUCGACUUUGAUUUCCAAGGUGGGAUCGGGCAGGAUAUCAUCCCACCCAAAAUUGAGGAGAAGUGCGAGAUUGCAGUUUGCGCGGGGUAUGCCGGCAACAAGAUCUGCGAUGGGAAAUGCAACAACCAUGCCUGCGGCUGGGAUGGGGGCGACUGCUCCCUCAAUUUCAACGACCCCUGGAAGAACUGCUCCCAGUCUCUGCAGUGCUGGAAGUACUUCAACGAUGGCAAGUGCGACUCUCAGUGCAAUAAUGCUGGCUGCCUGUACGAUGGAUUUGACUGCCAGAAAUACGAAGGGCAGUGCAACCCUCUGUAUGAUCAGUACUGCAAAGAUCACUUCUCCGAUGGUCACUGUGACCAGGGCUGCAAUAAUUUUGAAUGCGAAUGGGAUGGUCUGGACUGUGCAAACAACAUGCCAGAGAAGCUUGCAGAUGGCACGCUGGUGGUGGUGGUCCUGAUCACUCCCGAGAACCUGAAGAACAACUCUUUCAACUUCCUGCGGGAGCUGAGCCGCGUGCUGCACACCAACGUGGUCUUCAAGAAGAACCCCAAGGGAGAGUAUAUGAUCUUUCCGUACUAUGGCAAUGAGGAGGAGCUGAAAAAGCAUUACAUCAAGAGGUCGACAGAGGACUGGUCAGAUAUGUCUAGUGCUGUCAUCAAUAAAGUAAAGAGCAGCCUCUACUCCAGGGCUGGCAGAAGGCAGAAGAGAGAGCUCGAUCAGAUGGACAUCAGAGGAUCCAUCGUCUACUUGGAAAUUGAUAACCGCCAGUGCAUCCAGUCGUCUUCCCAGUGCUUCCAGAGUGCAACCGAUGUGGCGGCGUUCCUGGGUGCCUUGGCCUCCCUUGGCAACCUGAACAUACCCUACAAAAUAGAAGCCGUUAAAAGUGAAACAGCUGAGCCCACGAAGAACUCCCAGCUGUAUCCUAUGUACGUGGUGGUGGCUGCGGUGGUCGUGCUUGCUUUCAUUGGUGUGGGAGUACUGGUGUCUCGUAAGCGGCGCAGGGAGCAUGGGCAGCUUUGGUUCCCAGAAGGCUUCAAAGUGACAGAGUCGAGCAAGAAGAAGCGACGAGAACCACUUGGGGAGGAUUCUGUUGGACUGAAACCCCUCAAAAAUGCUUCAGACGGCACGCUGAUGGAUGACAACCAAAAUGAGUGGGGUGAUGAGGAGACCUUGGACACCAAGAAGUUCAGGUUCGAGGAGCAGGCGAUGCUGCCUGAUACAGACGAUCAGACGGAUCACAGGCAGUGGACCCAGCAGCACCUGGAUGCCGCUGAUCUGCGCAUAUCCUCCAUGGCGCCUACUCCACCGCAGGGGGAAAUCGAUGCAGACUGCAUGGAUGUCAACGUCAGAGGUCCCGAUGGCUUCACGCCCCUCAUGAUCGCCUCGUGCAGCGGAGGAGGGCUGGAGACCGGCAAUAGCGAAGAGGAAGACGAUGCUCCCGCCGUUAUCUCGGAUUUCAUUUACCAAGGCGCCAGCUUACACAACCAGACUGACCGUACCGGCGAGACGGCGCUUCACCUGGCUGCCAGGUACUCCCGCUCGGACGCUGCCAAGCGCCUGCUGGAAGCUAGUGCCGAUGCAAACAUCCAAGAUAACAUGGGCAGGACGCCCCUCCACGCCGCCGUCUCUGCUGAUGCCCAAGGAGUCUUCCAGAUCCUGAUUAGGAACAGGGCAACCGAUCUCGACGCUCGAAUGCAUGACGGGACCACCCCUCUGAUCUUGGCCGCUCGCUUGGCUGUGGAGGGCAUGCUGGACGAUCUCAUCAACUGCCAUGCAGAUGUCAAUGCCGUGGAUGAUCUAGGCAAGUCGGCACUGCACUGGGCUGCUGCUGUGAAUAACGUUGAAGCCGCAGUAGUCCUCCUGAAGAAUGGUGCCAAUAAGGAUAUGCAGAACAAUAAGGAGGAGACCCCACUCUUCCUCGCAGCCAGAGAAGGGAGCUAUGAAACGGCCAAGGUCCUGCUGGACCAUUUUGCCAACCGUGACAUCACGGACCACAUGGACCGGCUCCCACGGGACAUUGCCCAGGAGCGGAUGCACCACGACAUCGUGAGGCUGCUGGAUGAGUACAACCUGGUGCGGAGCCCACCGCUGCACAACGGCCCGCUGGGGGCACCCACGCUGUCCCCACCGCUCUGCUCUCCCAACAGCUACAUCGGCAACCUGAAACCUGCCGUCCAGGGCAAGAAGGCCAGGAAGCCGAGUACCAAGGGCCUGAGCUGCAGCGGCAAGGAUGCCAAAGACCUCAAAGCCCGGAGGAAAAAGUCACAAGAUGGAAAAGGAUGUCUGCUUGACAACUCCAGUGUGUUGUCUCCAGUGGACUCCCUGGAGUCGCCCCAUGGGUACCUGUCGGAUGUUGCCUCUCCUCCACUGAUGACCUCUCCAUUUCAGCAGUCCCCUUCCAUGCCUCUGAAUCAUCUGCCAGGCAUGCCUGAUGCCCACAUGAGCAUCAAUCACCUCAACAUGGCGGGGAAGCAGGAUAUGGCCAUGGGAAACUCCAGCAGGAUGGCCUUCGAUUCAGUGCCACCACGUCUUUCUCACCUCCCUGUCUCCAGCCCCAGCACAGUGAUGAGCAACGCCCCGAUGAACUUCUCCGUCGGCGGAGCGGCCGGUCUGAACGGGCAGUGUGACUGGCUCACCAGGCUGCAGAACGGCAUGGUCCAGAAUCAGUACAACCCGAUGAGAGGCAACAUGCAACCAGGGGCGCAUCAGCAGACGCAAAACCUUCAACACGGCAUGAUGACCUCCCUGCACAACGGCUUGCCCACCACAAGCUUGUCGCAGAAACAGCUCCAGCAGCAAAACAUGCAGCCGCAGCAGCAGCCACAGCAACCCCAGCAGCAGCCGCAGCCGCAGCAGCCGCAGCAGCAUCACAACCCCAGCUCCAAUGCGAGCGGCCACAUCGGCCAAAAUUUCCUUGGUACCGAGCUGAGCCAGCCCGACAUGCAGCCGGCGAGCAGCAGUACCAUGGCAGUCCACACGAUCCUGCCUCAAGAUUCCCAGAUGCUGCCCACGUCUCUGCCAUCCUCCCUCGCCCAGCCCAUGACCACCACGCAGUUUCUAACUCCACCUUCCCAGCACAGUUAUUCCUCCCCCUUGGACAACACCCCCAGCCACCAGCUCCAGGUGCCCGACCACCCUUUCCUAACGCCGUCUCCGGAGUCGCCGGACCAGUGGUCCAGCUCGUCUCCUCACUCCAACGUGUCCGACUGGUCUGAGGGCAUUUCCAGCCCUCCCACGAGUAUGCAGUCACAGAUGGGACACAUCCCCGAAGCCUUCAAGUAA